AUGCCACAACGUUCAUCCAAUAAAGUAAAAGUUUAUGUUCGAACUCGUCCUACAAAUAAUUUUGCAUCGAGUAUGCUUUCUUUCGGACAAGAUAAUCGAACAAUUUGUAUUCAUCGAAUUGCAUCAGCCAAUGCUGUUGAUAACAAAAUCAAUGAUUGGGCAUUUCAUUUAGAUGGUGUAUUUCAUAAUGUUAGUCAAGAAGAAACAUUUGAUUCUGUAGGAAAGGAUGUCGUUGAUCGAACAUUAGAGGGUUAUAAUGGAACAAUCAUGUGUUAUGGUCAAACAGGAGCUGGAAAAACUCAUACAAUGACUGGCUUUGCUGAAAGUUAUCAAAAUCGUGGUAUUAUACCUCGUGCCUUACAACAUCUUUAUCAAGAAAUAAAUGCUCGACAAGAUUUUUCUUAUUCUAUUCGUAUUGCUUAUCUUGAAAUUUAUAAUGAUCAAAUGUGUGAUUUACUUCGUACACUUAAUUCACCAUCUGAUUAUCAACAACAACAAUUAUCAAUUGGCGAAGAUUCAGGUUUUGUUUAUGUUAAAGGAUUAUCAUAUCGUAUUGCAAAUAGUGAAGAAGAAGCAUUAAAUUUAUUAUUUGAAGGUGAAACAAAUCGAACUAUUGGUCAACAUAUACUUAAUAAACAAUCAUCUCGUUCACAUUGUAUUUUUACAAUUCUUGUUGAAUGUCGAUCAAUUUUAUCAUCAGAUGACAAAUAUACAGUAUCAAAAAUAAAUCUUGUUGAUUUAGCUGGAAGUGAACGAUUGGCUAAAACAAAUUCUGAAGGUGUAACAAAACGAGAAGCAACAUUUAUUAAUAAAUCUUUAUCUUUUCUUGAACAAGUUGUGCUUAAUUUAUCGGAUAAAAAAACAAAUUAUUCACAUUUUCGAAGUUCAAAAUUAACACACGUAUUGAAAGAUAGUAUUGGUGGACGAUGUAUUACUGUUAUGAUUGCAAAUAUUUGGCCAGAACUGCAACAUAUGGAAGAAACAGUUUCAACACUUCGUUUUGCUAGUCGAAUGAUGUGUGUACCUGCUGAACCAACUGUUAAUGCAGUAAUUGAUCCAGUAAAAGCAAUUGAAAAUUACAAACGAGAAAAUAAAUAUUUAAAAGAAGAAUUAGCAUUACAUAAUACAUUAGUUAAUCGUAGUGGAAUUUCUUAUGAACCAUUAUCUGAACAACAAUUAUAUGAAAUUGAAAAUCAAUGUCGACGAUUUAUUGAUGGAAAUUUAGAUGAAUUUGAAAUUCAAAAUGUUCGUCAAGUCCAAGCUGUUUUUAAUACACUAAAAACUAUUUGUCGAACAACAGAAAAAGAUGUUGAAAAGAAAUAUCGUGAUCGAUAUGUUCUUACAGAUAAGCAUGAUUAUGAUCAACAAGAUGGACAAAAGAUGUCUGGUGCCAGCCAAGGUGCAAGUACUAUGGUAGGCACCGCUGGCGAACUUGAUGGACAAAGUUUUGGAUUAGGUAUAGCUUCAAAAGAUCAACGAGUAAAUAAAGAAGCUUUACUUAAAAUGACACGAAAUAAACGACAAGCAGCAAGUAAAACAUCCGGAGGACAACAAGCAAAUCCUAAAUCAAAAUCUCCACCUGUUGGAUCGAAACCAACUAGCGUGUCUCUUCAACGAAGUGUUACAAAUGAUGAUGAACAAUUUUCACGUGUUAAAGAACCAAGUGAUGUGGCCGAGAUGAAAGAUCAACCACCAAGUACACCACCUACUCGAACUGCUGCAUUUGAAGAUUUUAAACAAACUCGAGGUUUAAAUUUAAAUAAAAUUUAUUUGGAAAAUAAAGAAAUAUUGGCAUCAAAGAAAAAACAAUUUGCUGAUUUAGCUCGACGUAUAAAUCAAACAAAAGUUGAUAUUGAUAAAACUCGUGUUGAUGCUGAACGUAAAAAAAAUGAACGAUUAACAAUGGGUGAAUUUUUAAAUGAAAAUGGAGAAACUGUUAUUGAUGAAGAAGAAUAUGAAUUAAUUGCAAAAUUACAAGAACUUAAAGGUACUUAUCGAAAUGAUUAUGAUCAAUGGAAAAAUCUUAAAUCAGAAAUAAAUUAUUGUCAAAAUUUGGUUAAUCAAUGUCAAAAUCGACUUCUUCAAGAAUUUGAUAUAUGGUAUAAUGAAUGUUAUUCAAAUGGAAAUAAUACUGGUGAUAUUGAUGACAUACUAUCAUCAAAUAAAACUACAAAUGAAUAUCAAAUUUAUGAUGAUGCUGCUGAAAGAUUUGAACGUAUGCAAAAAGAAUUAUUACUUUCAGAUCUUGAUAGUAUGCCAUUUCGACAAGCUCAAAUGAGAACAAAUCGACGUCAUGUUUUCAAUGCAGCUACAACACAAGGACCAUGGAAACAAGCUCCAACAACAACAGUUACAACUAACAAUGGCUUUAAAUUAGGACGAAAUUAUGGACAAGAUUCACAAUCAUUACCAGCUAUAUCUGUUAGUGCUGGCCGACAGAAGUCAAUGGUUCGAUAA